CUGCUCCGGGCUAGUGUGCCGGAGUUACUGUCAUUCACAUGUCGAGCCUUCUGUCAGUGGACUAGGCGAGGCUGUGCGGCCAGCCAAGCCUCACGAGGCGGCCACCUGUCUCAGCGUGGAGCCCUUCCAACCCAAUCGUUCAGCAUGAGCUGUCUGGAUAUCAUGCACCAUACGUACGGCGCACGUCCUCAUAGUUCGGCGCAGUGUACACAGACUUUCGCGGUUUACUCAGGAGCGCAGGGAGGGUCGAUGGACGUCGGUGAGCGUCACAGCCCCGUCCCAAGUGAGGAGGAUGCCGUGAGGGAGAAGGAGAGACCCGAGGCGGAGUACAUCAACUCCAAGUGCGUCUUGUUCACCUACCUCAACGGGGACAUCAGCGCUUUGGUGGACGAGCAUUUCACCCGAGCUUUGAGAAACUACAGUCCGGAGAGCGGGAGCAGCAAAGCCGGGAAAGGGAGCCCGGAAUCGUCAGAGGGCUCUCUGAACCAGCGUAAUUUCCCUGCCUCCUUUUGGGACAGCAAUUACCAGGCACCCCCGGCCACCUCAGCAGCCAGCAGCAGCAGCGUUGGUUCUCAGCACUCAGAGCUUCAUCUAGCCUCCACAGAGCCCUACACAGCCGUCCUGCAUCCUCACCUGGCUCAUCCCCCAGAACACUGGCACUACCCACUGGCCGGGCCCCUCAGCCCACAGGCGCCAGCGUACCACCAGCCCAGGACUGUACACGAACUCUACCCCGUCAGCCCCAACCUCGACCCUCGCUACAGCACUUUGCUCAUGCCCAACCUCCGCUCCAGCAGUCUGCAGCCGGCCAUCAGUGGCCCUGAGCCCACUGCCCCUUGGUCAGGGGUCUUCCCCACGGCUGAAGUGACGCAGACUUUGAACCUGAACGUCGAUGCAGGUCUUCAGAACCACAACAAAGCCAAGGAUGUGUUCUGGUUUUAGGCAUGUGUGGCUUAAGCGUUGAAGCUGUAAUAAUGUACUGUGAUCUCAGUUACAGCUCGACACUACUGCCUGCCUGGAGGAUCAUUCUUCGGCUGAAAGGAAAACAGUCACUUAGAUCUGUUGGUAUAAACGGACAUGGGGCAAGAUUAGCUCAAGUGGUCAGUGAAAGGCUGUCACAGCAAGCUGCACGGAAGGACAGUCGAUCAUUUGGAUAUUCCAAGGGAAGAUUUGAGCAGCUGAUUGACUCUCAUUUAUAUUCGUCUCCUGCUGACUCCCUGACUAAGAAUCAGGACUUCAACAUUAAACGUUUGCCGUUUUUAUCUUAAUUCAAUUCAAGUUUUGGGUUUGCCCUUUACUUUGCUAUCUGUUUGUUCUUGUGAUGUGGAGGAUCUCGGCGUGAUUAAAGGUGGGGUGGGGAGAAAAGAAAUGCGGUGUCAUUGGAAGACUUUAUCCUUUGAAGUUUCUUUCGUCAAGUUCACACCCACCAGAUUUGGAGCCCUCGCAUGUUAAACACUGGUGCAAGUGGUAAAACAAAAGGACUUAAUUUCAAAUUUCGAAGUAAAUUUUAUGAUCGAAGUACAUAUGCAACACUAAGACUCACUUUCUUGUGGGCAUGCUCAAUAAAUCUAUAGAAUAACAACUAUCAGAGAAUCAAUGAAAGACUGCCCAACUGGACGUUCGACCAGAAUGCAGAAGACAACAAUCUGUGCAAAUGCAAAAAGAAGAAACAAUAAUAAUAAAUAAAUAAGCAAUAAGUAUCUAGAACAUGAGAUGAAGAGUCCUUGAAAGUGAGUCCAUUGGUUGUGGGAGCAUUUCAAUGAUGGGGCAAGUGAAGUUAUCCACUUUGGUUCAAGAGCCUGAUGGUUGAAGGGGUACUAACUGUUCCUGAACGUGGUUGUGUGGAUCCUAAGGCUCUUGUACCUUCUUCCUGAUAGCAACAACAAGAAGAGAGCAUGUCCUGGGUGGUGGGUAUUCCGAAUGAUGGAUGCUGCAUUCCUGCAACAGCGCUUCAUGUAGACAUGCUCAAUGGUUGGGAGGGCUUUACCCAUCAUGGACUGGGCCAUACCUACUACUUUUUAUAGGAUUUUCCAUUCAAAGGCAUUAGUAUUUCCACACCAGGCUGUGAAGCAGCCAGUCAGUAUACUCUCCACUACCAUCUAUAGAAGUUUGUCAAAGUUUCAGAUGUCAUGCCUGAUAUCUGCAAACUCCUAUGGAAGUCGAGGAGCUUCCAUGCCUUCUUCAUAAUUGUACUUGCGUGCUGGGUCCUCCAAAAAAAUAUUAGCUAGGAAUUUAGAGUUACUGACCCUCUCCACUUCUAAUCCCCCAAUGAGGAGUGGCUCAUGGACCUCUGGUUUCCAUCUCCUGAAGUCUAUAAUAUUUUAUUUUCAAUGCUCCAUUACUGUACAUUAAGGGGAAAGAGGCUCCUGCCUUGCCACUGAUGUCCGUUAUUUCAUUGUCAAUGUCAGCUGGCCAAGAUACAAGAUUGCCGCUGCAAAAUCAGUUUAGCAAAUUUGAUUCUGUUGAACAAAGGAAAGUCUUGCGUUUCUCGAGCACUUUAAUUUGACAGGCAGUGAGACACUCUCUUUAUUUAAUUUUUUUUUAAUUCAGCUAACAUUGUAAUGUGGGAAAUCUCAGUUUGUGCCCGGCAACCUCUCGCAUGAUUGAUUUUAGGAUUGUAUAUUGAAUAUUAUAUUUGCAUUAACUCUUGAAAUGCUUCAUCAAGCAGUGGCAAGGAACCUUUAUGGUCUCACCUCAGAAAGUCCAUAUCUCAGCCUAACAUCGCAUUGGAAAGUGGCAGCACUGACAGUCCUGCAAAUUAUAGACACAGGAGAUUCUGCAGAUGCUGGAAAUCCAAAGCAACACACACAAAUACACAUAAUUCUGGAGGAUCUCAGAUGGUCAGGCAGCAUCAGUAGAGGGAACUGGACUCAUCUACCAUCUAGCAGCUUAAACACCUCCCCACCACCUUAUUCUGCCUUCCUCCUCCUCUCCUUUCCAGUAUUGAUGAAGAAUCUCGGCCCGAAACAGCAACUGUUUACUCCUCUCUAUAAAUGCUUCCUGACCUGCUGAGUUGUUUUCCAGAAUUUUGUGUGUGUUGCUCUUGACACCCCAGUGGGAGGUCAGCUCAGAUUAUUAGGUCAACCACGCUUGGAAUGGGUUGCCUGCUCAGGACGAAGGAUUUCCUGGAUGUUUGAUCUCAUGAUCUCCACCAAUGUUAUUUUGAUUCCUAUUUAGCAGCUUAGAUCCUCUUUAAUUUAAUGGCCUUGCUGUGUUCUGCCAAAAGUACAAAGUACAUUUAUUGUCGAAGUUUGUACACUUAAUAAACCUUGAGAUUCCUUACAGGCAGCCACAAAAUGAAAAAAAGACAAUAGAACCUAUUAAAAAAGGAUGACUGUCAAACUGGGGCACAGAAGCACAAUUGAGAGCAUCCUGACUGACUGCAUCACUGCCUGAUAUGGGAACUGUGCUUCCCUCAGUCACAGGAUUCUGCAGAGAGUGGUGCCGACAGCCCAGCGCAUCUGUAGUUGUGAACUUCCCAUGAUUCACAUGUGUAAAAAGGGCCCGUAGGAUCAUUGGGGACCUAAGUCAUCCCAACCACAAUCUAUUCCAGCUGCUACCAUCCGGGAAGCGGUACCGCAACAUAAAAGCCAGGACCAACAGGCUCCGGGACAGCUUCUUCCACCAGGCCAUCAGACUGAUGAACUCACACUGAUUGAGUGCACAUUAUAUUUCAUUGACUGUUCUAUUUAUUAUAAAUUACAAUGAUUGCACAUGGCACAUUUAGACGAGGACAUAACGUCAAGACUUUUACUCCUCAUGUAUGUGAAGGAUGUAAGAAAUAAAGUCAAUUCAAUUCAAUUCACCCAAUGUGCAGAGAGAGAGAAAAAAAACAAAUUGUGCAAACAGUGAAAAUAAGCAUAUAACAUUCAGACCAGAAGUUCACGACAGUGAACGCCCAAGCUGGUGAUUCUACUGUGGAUUUAUUGAGUAUGCCCACGAGAAAUGUGACGGUAUGGUAGUGUAGUAGUUAGCAAAAUGAUUUAUGGUACAGGCGACCCCAGGUUCAAUUCCUGCUGUUGUCUGCAAGGAGUUUGUAUGUUUUCCCCAAAACUACAUGGGUUUCCUCCAGGUGCUCAGGUUUCCUCCCACAGUCCAAAGACAUACCAGUUGGUAGGUUAAUUGGUCAUUGUAAAUUGGGGGACUGCUGGCAGCAUGGAUCAAAGGGCCAGAGGGCCUAUUCCAUGCUGAAUCGCAAUAAAUAAAUUUUUAAAAAUAAAUGAAUCUCAGAGUUCUAUAUCGUGGCAUAUAUGUACUUUGGCAAUAAAUGUAUUUUGAACUUUGAACCUAUGCAGUAACUCAAUUUCAAGGAAUAUACAGCUCAGUAUUAUUUAUUUACAUUCUCUGUUAUUUGUAUGAUUUGACUUCCUUUGCUCAUUGGUUGUCAAGUCUCUGUUUAUGAAUAGUUUUUCAUAAAUUUUAUUGCAGUUCUUUAUUUUUCUGUGAAUGCCUACAAGAAAUGAAUCUAGAGGUACUAUAUGGUGACUUACACGUACCUUGAUCAUAAACUUACAUUAAACUUUGAACUUUGAAUUUGGUGCCUCAUUUUGAAUACAACUCUGUGGGAAUAUCUUUGGAAUUUAUUCCACUAUUUGUGUUCUUCCUUUUGGAAAUCAAACAGUUUCCCUUCUAACAUGAACGGAAUUUUUAAAAAUUGUGAACCUUGUAACCAAAGUAGUAUCUAUAGCCACUCUAUUAGAGUAUCCCUUUCUUCAUUUUCACUUUAGAAGAACUUGCUGCAAGCUUUUGAUUAUACUUUACACUUUAUUGUCGCCAAACAAUUGAUACUAGAAUGUACAAUCAUCACAGCGAUAUUUGAUUCUGCGCUUCCCGCUCCCUGGAUUACAAGUAUUAAAUAUUAAAAAUAGUAAAAAUUAGUACAUAUUAAAAAUUUAAAUUAUAAAUCAUAAAUAGAAAAUAGAAAAAUGGAAAGUAAGGUAGUGCAAAAAAACCGAGAGGCAGGUCUGGAUACUUGGAGGGUACGGCCCAGAUGCAGGUCAGGAUCCGUUCAGCAGUCUUAUCACAGUUGGAAAGAAGCUGUUCUCAAAUCUGGCCGUACGAGUCUUCAAGCUCCUGAGCCUUCUCCUGGAGGGAAGAGAGACGAAAGGUGUGUUGGCUGGGUGGGUCGUGUCCUUGAUUAUCCUGGCAGCACUGCUCUGACAGCGUGCGGUGUAAAGUGAGUCCAAGGACGGAAGAUUGGUUUGCGUGAUGUGCUGCGCCAUAUGAUUACUAUAUUAAAGUCAAAGUAAGUUAUUAUCACAGUACGUAUGUGUCACCAUGCACAACCCAGCGAUCUAUUUUCUUGCGGGCAUUUGCAGGAAAAUAAGGAAAUACAACAGAAUUUAUGAAAAGCUACAUGCAACCAAGGACUGAUAAACAACCAAUGUGCAAAAGAAGACUUUGUGUGCAAAUAAAAACAAGUAAAUAAAUAAUAUUGAGAACAUGAGUUGUAGAGUCCUUGAAAGUGAGUCCGUAGGUUGUGGAGCCUGUUCAGAGUUGAGGAGAGUGAACUCAUCCAUGCCAGUCCAGGGACCUGAUGGUUGUAGAGUAUUAACUGUUCCAGAACCUGGUGGUGUGGCACCUAAGACUCCUUAACAUCCUGCCCAAUAGUAAUAAUGAGAAAAGAGCAUGGCCUGGAUGGUGGGGGCCCUUGAUAGUGGAUGCUACUCUCUUGGUGCAGUGAAAUCUAUUGAAUGUUGAACGGCCUCGAUAGAAUGGAUGUGGAGAGGAUGUUACCCAUGCUGGGGGAGUGUAGGGCCAGGGCACGCAACCUCAGAAAAGAGGGAUGUCCAUUUAGAACUGUCGAAUUCGUUACCACAGGUGGCUGCGGAGGCCAAGUCAUUGGGUAUUUUUAAGGUAGAGGUUGAUAGAUCCUUGAUUGGUCAGGGCGUGAAAGGUGAUGGUGAGAAGGCAGAAGACUGGGGCUGAAGGGGAAAUGGAUCAGCCAUGAUGAAAUGGUGGAGCAGAUGCGAUGGGCCAAAUGGCCUAAUUCUGCUCCUAUAUCUUAUGGUCAGCAUUGUAAAUGUGCUCAGUAGUGGGGAGGGCUUUGCCUACGAUAAACUAGGGGGGCGGUGGGGGGGUAUCCACCACCUUUUGUUGACUUUA